GAUGCAGCUUGGUAAAUGCCCCCAAGUGGCUUGAAUUUCUGGCCUCAAUAAAAUCAAGAUCAAAAGAAAUGCAAGGAUGCCUGUCCUAGAAAAACACACCCAGAAGAUAGAGAAAAAUGCAUGCAGCAAAGAUGAGACUACAUUGCCCAAGCUUCCUGUCCCUCCACUGCACCAGACCCUACACAUGUACCUACAGUGCAAUAAACACUUGAUGCCAGAGGGGCAAUUUAGGAAGACUGAGGCCAUAGUGGAACAAUUUGGAGGUGCAGAAGGCUUAGGAGAAUUGUUACAGCAAAAACUUCUAGAAAGAAGAGAGAAGUCUGGAAACUGGGUGUUGGACUACUGGUUGGAUGACAUGUAUCUUAACAAUCGAUUGGCUCUCCCAGUAAAUUCCAGUCCAGCAAUGAUCUUUUCUCAUCAGUAUUUCAAGGAUGUAAAUGACCAACUAAGGUUUGCAGCCAAUCUCAUUUCAGGAGUGCUUGAUUAUAAAGCUUUAUUGGAUUCCCAUGCUUUACCUGUUGAUUUUGCUCGUGGACAACUGUCUGGUCAGCCUCUCUGUAUGAAGCAAUACUAUGGACUCUUUUCUUCCUAUCGUCUUCCAGGACAUACCAAAGACACUCUUGUGGCCCAGAAAAGUAGUGUAAUGCCAGAACCAGAGCACAUCAUUGUUGCUUGUAACAAUCAGUUCUUUGUUUUGGAUGUUGUCAUUAAUUUCCGCCGUCUUAGUGAGGGAGAUCUGUUCACUCAGUUACGAAAGAUAGUAAAAAUGGCAGAGAAUGAAGAAGAGAGGCUGCCUCCUAUUGGUCUACUGACAACAGAUGGAAGAACAGAAUGGGCAGAAGCCAGGACAAUCCUAAUGAAAGACUCUACCAAUCGAGAUUCUCUUGACAUGAUUGAACGCUGUAUGUGCCUGGUAUGCCUGGACAGCCCAAGUGGGAUAGAAAUCAAUGACACAAACAUGGCUUUGCAACUCCUACAUGGGGGAGGCGAUGAUAAAAAUGGUGCCAAUCGCUGGUAUGACAAACCCAUGCAGUUUGUAGUGGGAAGAGAUGGAGUGUGUGGUACAGUGUGUGAACACUCUCCUUUUGAUGGGAUCGUCCUGGUACAAUGCACCGAACAUUUGCUCAAGCACAUGAAGGAAAGCUGUAAGAAGUUAGUCAGAGCUGAUUCUGUAAGUGAGCUUCCUGCUCCAAGGCGAUUACGAUGGAAGUGUUCUCCAGAAGUUCAGGGACACCUAUCUUCAGCAGCAGAAAAACUUCAAAGGAUAGUAAAGAAUCUAGAUUUUAUUGCUUAUAACUUUGAAUACUAUGGAAAAGAGUUUAUCAAGAAACAAAAGAUUAGCCCAGAUGCCUACAUUCAAGUAGCACUUCAACUAGCCUUUUACAGAUGCCACGGGAGACUUGUUCCCACCUAUGAAAGUGCUUCUAUAAGGCGAUUUGAAGAGGGGAGAGUUGACAAUAUUAGGUCUGCUACUUCAGAAGCUUUAGCUUUUGUAAAAGCAAUGAUUGAAGAAAAGUCUUCUCUAUCGGAUUCUGAGAAGAUGCAGCGAUUUAAAGAUGCAAUCACAGCUCAAACUAAUUACACUAUUUUGGCUAUUACUGGAAUGGCAAUAGACAAUCACUUGUUAGGGCUAAGAGAGAUGGCACGGGAACACUUCAAGGAACUGCCAGAGAUAUUUAUAGAUGAGACAUAUUUGACAAGCAAUCGAUUUAUCCUUUCAACCAGCCAGGUUCCAACUACAAUGGAAAUGUUCUGCUGUUAUGGGCCCGUAGUUUCCAAUGGUUAUGGUGCAUGUUAUAACCCACAGCCAGAGCAUAUAUUAUUCUGCAUCUCAAGUUUUAAAGGCUGUAAAGAGACCUCCUCAGUCACAUUUGCUAAAGCUGUGGAAGAAAGUCUCAUUGAAAUAAGAGAUCUGUGCAACAAGUGCAACUCUGCUGUAGCAAAACCACUGGCUAAACAAGAAACUGCUGCAAAAUGUCAUAAUGACCAUAAGCUCUAACCGUCCAUGUGACCUGAACUGUUUUCUUUCCCCUGCCCUGCAAUUAUUUUUGAAGCUAUUACCAGAAACAUUUCAUUGUAGAAGAAAAACAUGUUUUAUUUUGGGUAUGGAUGCUGCCAACAUUUAUCUAGAAAAUAAGCUAGAAAAGCACUGAAGUUUCCAGUUUUUGCCCAAUAAUCAGCAAUAAGGUUUGGUUUGAUUAGCUUAACAGAAGAUGACAAUGAUAUGGGUACAUGCUAGACCAUCACUUCUUUUCUAUCAAAUAUCUAAUGAGUUUAACUGUUUUAGUGUGGGACAUGAAUUAAGCAUCAAAAGUGUGACACCAAGACAGUCUGAAGGGUAGUAUUUCUUAGCAAAUCUAACAGAUUCAUGCAUAGUCUUGCAGGUUUUGCAUAUAAGCGAAAACAAGUUCCCAUAUGUUUUUUCACCACUGAGUGCUACAUGCAAUGUGCUAUAAAGUGAGUGCUGUUAAAUCUUUAAAAUUUUGCUUUUGCUAAGUACUUAACAUUACCAUAGUAUUUUCUAUGUACAGGGAAUAUCAUUAGCCGUGGUAAUGUUGCCUGUUUCCACAAGCAAAAUUGUAUGGUUUUUUUGAAUGGUGACUGAUGUUUAGUUUUAUAAACACCCACAAAUUGGAAGUAAAUUCUGACAGAUGCCUUGAAAGAUGAUAAUAUUGCCUAAGUUCCUGUUCAUAAAUGUUGCAAAAGCAUUAUUAACCUGUAUUUAAACCCAAGUACUGCAUCAUCAAACAACUGUUCCUAGUAAAAGCCAAAAUAGUAACUGACAUUUGAAUUGAGGAGUUCUACACUGAUAGCAGAAUAUCUUUUGCCCUAAAUUAAUUUACUUCAUUAUAUCCUUCUAUAACUAAGUGACAUUCAGCCCUUUGUGCCCAGCAUAAGGCCUGCAUAUCUCUUAUUUCCACAUUUUUCUCUACACAGGAAUGAUUCACUGUGACUAGCAAGAGUCAUAUACAAAUUUAAGAAAUUAGAGUGCUGCAAAAAAAGCAAACAUUUAGAGUUGCUGUGCAAGAUGAGGUAGUCCCCAUUAUAUGAACUACAGACAUGCUCAAAGUUUGAGAGUACGUAUCAGUCAUUGCAGCUUCUGAUCAUCCCAUUUGUUUUCUUUUCUUAUUUACCAUUAAGGUUACCAUAUUUCCAGUUCCAAAAAAGAGGCCACCUGUUGAGGGGACACCUCACUCCCAACCCACAGCCCCCUGGGGCCCUGCCAGCACCUCUGACUCCCAAACAGCAGCCCUCCGUCCCUGCUGCUGCCCCUCACUCCCAAACCAGCCACAGACCCCUGGUCCUACCAGUGCCCUCACUCCUAACCCACAAUUCCCUGUCCCUCCAGGCCAUGCUGAUGCCCCUCACUCCUGAUGCACAGCCCCCUGCUCCCUGCAACCCUGGGAAGCUGCCCCCUUCCCAACCAGGCCAGAGCAGGGUGAUUCUGAUUCAUGUGGGUGGCAGGAGGAGGGAAGAGGAGGGGAAGCCUGUGACACCCCCUGCCCUGGGGUGGGUCUCUCACACUAUGCCAGGCGGCCUGGCCAUGCCCUUCCCUCCCACCUGGGCAGCGUCUCCUGGUACCCUCUGCAAGCUUGGGUACCAGCCCAGGUGCUGCAAGCCCAAACACAGAGCUCCCCACUUCCCCGGCUGGCUGAAUGGGCAGGCACAUCCCCUCCUCCCUCCUGCAACCCCAGUGCUGCCAGGCUCUGCCCCCCCCCCCAAAUCCCUCUACACACCCCCACCACACACACCUCUCAGGCAGCCCCCAUACCCCAGCUCUCCAACCCCUGCCCCCCACAGACUUUCUAUCAAUUUGGCUUGACAGCAGCCAUACUGAUCCCUGUUUGCUUUUCUUCCCACCUUCCUUCUAAGUUUCAUUAUCCUUCUUUCUGACUGAAAGAUACAGCUGUGUCUGGAAAAGUUCGAUCCUGAAUGUUAGGACCUAAUCCAGCUCCCAUAGGAGUCAAUUGCACAGCACAGGUGUAAUUAGGCAGCAGGGUCAUUUUCCAGGUUUUGCUUAGUUCAGAGGUUGGCAGUGGUAAGUGUAUAGACAUUCUUGGGCUUUUUUGCAGAAAAAAAAUGGCUCUUCUGUAAGUUACACUGGUUAUCAGUGAAGAAGAUCUAUCUCUUGGGCUGCACAUGCAGCAAUUCAAAACCUGGCAGGCAGCUAUUGAUAGCCUGCCCCCUUACCAGGCAGGGCAGAGGACAGGCUGUCAGGUAAUAGGCUCCUCUAAGGGCAAGGAUGGCUCAGGAAGAAGCUCUUUAGUGUCCCUUGGCUGGAGAGCUCACCUGUGUACUCGACCAGUAGAAAUGAACCUCCACAUGCAGCCAAUAGCUUGAUAUUCAGACCAGAUAAAAAUUACCACAUAAUAGUCCUUUACUUCAAGUCACAGACAGAAUAAAAUAAAUAGCAAAAGAGUUCAUCACUUGCCUACUGAUGCAAGGUAACAGGUGUUUUUCAAUUUUUUCUUACUGUUAAUUGACAAAUUGCAAAAUAUGUAGUCAGGAUUCUUUCAGUUGACAGAAAUCACAACUACCAAUCCUUGCUGAUUAAAGAUCAUUAUUGUAGGUCUAAAUGUUUUUACUGACGAUUUGUUUUUAACAUCACAAGUUUGUAAAGUGCCAUUUUGACAUGCUGAAUGAACUUGGUCCUUGCGUGGCAGGGCACUUACCCUUAUCUACACACAUGCUUAGUUACUGAAGUGCUGAGUACCUUGCGAUGCACAAGAAAUGCAGAAUCAGCCCAGAUGUGGUUGAAUUUGAGAUUAUACUCAAUAUAAACAAGAGGAAUAAAAUCAGAGCAAAUAUAACACAAUAUUUCAAUUAUCAGUUCCAAAAUAUAUUUUCUGUCCAGCCUCUCAGUUAACAGAAUCAUGUAUCUCCAUGUUAAAUUAUGCUUUGUUGCGAUGCAAUAUUUUAAGGAUUUCAGGAAAUAGUAGUUUCUGAUGCUUAAAAAAAUUGUUAGAGACUCAUAGAAUAACGUCUUGUUCCGCAGCUUUGAAAUAUAUAAUCUCAGCAUAUGCGUAUAUCCGAAGUGAACAUAAAUCUAUUAAAUAUCAUUUACCUACAAAGCUCUGGAAUUGAUUGCUUGCAUUUUGAGAAUUGUCAUUGGCAAAAUUAAUAGAAUUACAUGAAUAUAGUAAGAAGCAAGGAUUUACUGCAAAUAUAUUGAAAUCCAUGUAUUCACUGGAAGAUGUAAAGUUUAACACAGUAUGGACAUAUAAAUAACACACACAUACAAACAGUCAUAAGGAGCUGUUUUAUUUUACACACACACACACACACAGCUGAGCCCAAAAGCUUGUAGGAAGGCAUAUCUUAUUUAAAUGAAAAAUACUCAUGAAUCUCAGUAUCCAAAAUGGACAGAACUGAAAGAAGUCUUAUUUCAGCAUGGUGAUGCAUACUGAUGAUAUAUAUGGCUGGCCUUUGACAGCACUGACAGAAAAAAGUACAAGAAGACACAACUGAAUCCUUUAUGGUGUGUUAUUAGAAUAUAAAGUGAAUAUUUUAGUGAUAUGUUUAUUUUUUUAAAACAAUAGAGAUUUAUGGCAAAUGAAAAUGUAUAUAUCUUGUGUCCCAAUUCUGCUUUAGUUGUAGUUUAUGCUGUAAGGAAACAGAACUGAAUCUCUCUAGGCUGCUACAUAAUUGAACUGUGCACGGGCAUUAUAAUGCCAGAAUAUUUCAAGAGAAAUCCAUGACCAAUAAAAAGCAUU